UUACAACAAAGUGCUAGAAAGCAAAUUUGUUGUGAAGCGGUAAAAAUAUGCUAAACAAAGGAAAAAUAAUUAUAUUAGCUGUUAUCGUAGCAUCACUGCUCUUUAAAGAAGGAAAAAGUACCCGGAUAAAAGAAAGAAAAACGUUCUGCUAUGUGUGCGACAAUGCUGCGAAUAACAAAGAAUGUAAUAAAAAUGGACCGAUUGAAUGUCAGCCUAGUCAGAGUUCCUGUUUGACUGAAAUAAGAACUAUCAAACCAACUGCAUAUUCAACCGGCUCUGUUCGAAUAACAAAGAGAUGUAAGCAAGACAUUGCAUGCAACUCAAAUGAACGACAGAACAUAUACAGAUCGUUUCACAAUCAAUGUAACAGUGAUCCAAGUUCUAGAUUCUCAGUUUGUCGGCAUUGCUGCAAGGACGAUAAGAUUCAUGGUUGCAACAAAAAUUUGGAAGGGCGUGGUUGUCCAAAGAUGAAAGCACCGAAACAUGGCAAAUUAAACUGCAGAAGUGAUAAAAAAGGAAUCAAAUGCAAAAUAAGCUGCAAAUCUGGUUUUAUCCUAUCCAAUGCCAGUUUGUCAACCAUAACGUGUCGCAAAGAUGGAACGUGGUCAAGUAUCGUGCCGAGAUGCAACCCAAUGAUAUCUUUCGGAAGAAGUUCAGUCGCAAAAUCUGUUUGUCCUACGAUCAAACCGACAGCCAACGCCAAAUUAUCGUGUUCAGAAGACUGUGACGGAAAAGAUUGUUUGCUGGGAACUGAGUGUAAUUUGCAAUGCGAAGAUGGAUACAUUAGUAAAGGUCCAACUAUUACUUCGUGUGAUCCUGACAAGAAACGAAAAUCUGGAAAAUGGAAUUCAACAUUGGAUAAAACUCUGUGUGAAGCGACAAGAUGUCCAAGUUUAGAAGGUCCAACAAACGGAUAUCUGGAAUGUACAGGAUCUGGGCAUACUGAAUGGUGUGAGGUUCUUUGCAAUGCUGGGUACUUGAUUUCUGAUUUCACGAUGUCAAAUAUAACAUGUGAUAAAGCGGGAAAAUGGUCGAGUGAUGUACCGAGAUGUGAAGCUAUGUCGAAUUUCGGUCGAAGCAUCAACUUUGAUUUUGUGUUCUGUGAAGAAAUCUUCGCAAUAUCACAUGCAAACAUCACAUGUUCAGACGAUUGUGAUGGAACAGACUGUCUAGUUGGAUCUACGUGUAAUUUACAAUGUGAAGAUGGGUAUAUUAGUACUGGUCCUACAGUUACUUCAUGCAAACUCGACACUGAAGCAACAUUAGGAAUAUGGAAUCCAACUUUUGAAAACACAAUCUGUAAAGGCUGUCCCUCUUUGCAAGAACCGAUCAACGGCUAUCUGAAAUGUUCUGGAACCGGGUACAAUAAAAAGUGUGAAGUUGUUUGUGAUGUUGGUCACGUGAUUUCCGAUGCUUCGUUAUCAAAUGUAAUAUGUCUUGGAAACGGAUCGUGGUCAAUAGAUUUACCGAGAUGUGAAGCAAUAUCAAAUUUUGGACGAAGUAAAGACUUUAAUUUUGUUUUCUGCGAUGAAAUCGCUACAAUACCACAUGCCGACAUCACAUGCUCAGAAAAUUGCGAUGGAGUAGAUUGCUUGAUGGGAACUACCUGUAGUAUACAAUGUGAAGCUGGUUAUAUUAGCAAUGGGUCAACAUUUACUUCAUGUGAUCCAAUCAAGGGAGGAAAAUCAGCCACAUGGAAUCCCGUAGUAGACGAUACAUUUUGUGAAGAAUCAUGCAAACCACUUGAAGCCCCAGCAAAUGGAUCCAUAGCAUGUGUGAAUGUAAAUGAAACCGAUGAUGUCAUAUCAGCAUGUAGAGUUACUUGUAAUGCAGGCUAUGAAUUAGUUGGGACUGAAGUUAGAUUCUGCAAUAAAUCAGGAUUGUGGUCUGGAGAAAAUGCUAAAUGUAUAGUGUCGACAGUUUGUCCAAAACUGCAGCCACCAGUUAACGGAAACAUGGAGUGUAUUGGUGACGAAACUAUCCCUGGUGGAUUUUCUUGCAAGAUGAGUUGUAUACCGGGAUAUAUAUUAUUUGGUGAUGACAUAAGAGCUUGCAUGUCAGAUGGAACUUGGUCAGGGAAAGAUACAAAAUGCAACGAAAAACGAUGCCUUACUUUGAGAAGACCAAUGAACGGUGUUCUGAAAUGUGUGAAGAACAAAAACAUUGAGACGUGUGAAAUCAGAUGUACUGCUGGGUACUUGAUUUCUGACAGUACAUUAUCAAGUAUAUCUUGUUACAACGGAGUAUGGCCGGAUCAUCCUCCAAGAUGCGUCAGAUUAACAGCAUUUGGACGAAGUGGUGAAGUUAUAGGCUGUCCUCAAAUCGAAUCCAUUGCGAACGGCAAAAUAACUUGUUCUGAAGAGUGUAAUGAGGGCAACUGUGCUUUGGGAACUGAAUGUAAUUUACAAUGUGAAGAUGGAUAUUCAAGCAAAGGUCCAACAUCCACUUCAUGCGAUCCCGGGGAGAAAACAUUGGCAAGAUGGAUUCCGCUGUUAGAACAUACACGUUGCGAAGAAAAAGUUGUUUGUACGCCUUUCAAAGUAAAGAAUGCUGUUGUCGAAUGUUUUGGGCCAGCUGGUGAGGCAGGCAUCGGCUCUGAGUGUUACAUUACUUGUAUGUAUGGAUUGUUGCAAUCAGGCCCUGCUUUGAGAGUUUGUGGUGACGAUGGGCAGUGGACGAAUGAUAUGCCAACAUGCACAGCGUCAUGCAAACCGCUAAAAUCUCCACCAAACGGCUCGAUAACUUGCGUGGAUACAGACGAAGUGGGUGAAUAUAAAUCGGCAUGUCGAUUUACAUGUGACGACGGGUAUCAACUCAUCGGACAAGAUGUCAGAUACUGUGACACAUUAGGAAUAUGGUCUGGAAAAGAUUCUAAAUGCUUACCUUCAACCGUAUGUCCAACUCUUCGAUCGCCAAUAAACGGCAGAAUAGAAUGCAUUGGAGACAAUUCAGUACCAGGAGAAAUGUCAUGCAAAAUUAGCUGUUCUUCUGGAUAUAAAUUAUCAGGUGAUAAACUUAAAGUUUGUCUGGCUAAUGGGACUUGGACAGGAAGAGAAGUGACAUGUACGGAAAUCGAAUGUCCUCCGAUGAAUCUUCCAAAGAACGGAUAUCUUAAAUGUAUAGGAAACGGCCAGAAUGAAAUAUGUCAGGUUGUUUGUGACUCGGGAUAUUUGAUUUCUGACUUGAGUCUCUCCAAUAUAACAUGCGAUAAAGAUGGAUCGUGGUCAAAUGUUGUACCAAGAUGCAUAGCAGUGGACGUUUCUAAUUUCGGAAGAAGUUUAGACAUUUUAUUUUGUCCUGAACUUGGAGAAGUUCCGAACGGAAAAAUUUCAUGUUUGGAAGAGUGUGAUGAAACAGGCUGCUUUCUGGGAACUGUUUGUAAUUUGCAAUGUGAGGUUGGGUAUAUAAGCAAUGGUCCAACGUUCACAUCGUGCGAUCUUGAGAGAAAUGGAAAAUCAACAUCGUGGUAUCCAGCAUUGGAUAAUAUCUGUGAAAAAAAAAUUGGUUGCCAUCCAUUCCAAGUUAACAAUGGAGUUGUUGAAUGCUUCGGACCCGAUGGAGAAAGUGGACUUGAUUCUCAAUGUCACACAACCUGUAUGUUCGGUUUGAGUUUGAACGGUCCUGAAGUGAGAUAUUGUCUUGACAACGGUCAAUGGUCUGGUUAUGCUCCCAUUUGUACAGCAAGCUUUUGCGAAGAUAUAAAACCACCUUUGAAUGGAAGAUAUAUAUGUACUCCAAACUUCAAAACAAAAUGGAUUGGUACACACUGCGAUGUUGAAUGCUUUCCUGGUUUCGAAAUGGUCAUGGGUUCUUCAAGAAGAAAUUGCCUUGACAGCGGAUUAUGGGACGGCACACCAGCUCUAUGCGCAGCUACUUGCGAACCACCGCAACCUCCACCACGCGGAUCAAUAAGUUGUGUUGAUAUAGCUGAGAUUGAUGGUUACACAUCUGCAUGUAGAAUCACCUGUGAUCCUGGUUAUCAAUUAGUUGGACAAGAUGUUAGGCUAUGCAACACCUCAGGAAUAUGGUCUGGAGAAAGUUCCAAAUGUGUCGUGUCGACAACAUGUCCAGUUCUCCAAACACCAUUAAACGGGAAAAUAGAAUGUGUUGGUGACAAUUCAGCUGCAGGAAAAACGUCUUGCAAAACAAGUUGUUUCCCGGGGUUUUCAUUAUAUGGAGAUGAAAUUAGAUCCUGUGAAACAGACGGGACUUGGUCAGGAGAAGAAACGACCUGUGUUGUAACAUGCUCGGUGCCUCCCACGGUUAAAAAUGGAGAGUUUCAAUGCCAACAGAUUAAAACAAAUUCAUUGUAUCAAACAUUCUGUCGACUCGAAUGUAUGACAGGCUAUAGACUUGAAGGAAAAAUAUUUGAAACGAAUUGUGAUUCAACUGGAAGAUGGACAGAUAUGGAUGGAAUGUGUCGACGGAUUACUUGCCCGAAAUUACCCAAUCACGAUGGCAACACUUUGGUCUGUUCCCCGGGAGAACUCGAGGACGGCGAUUUCCCGGUUGGUUCUGAAUGCAGAACAAUCUGUAAUAAUUAUAAAGCGUCCGCUCAUGCAUGGCAGCACAAAAAGAUAUGUACGGAUAAAGGAACUUGGAUCGGACCAGAUGCUGCUUGUCCUGUGGAUUGUGAGUGGUCAUGGAGCGCUUGGAGUACAUGCGGAUAUAAUGGGAAGAGAACUCAAAAAGUCAUUGUAGGAAUUCCGUCCAAAAACGGAGGAAGGCAGUGUCCACAAAAAAUUAUCAACGAGAAGGAAUGUUGUAAAGUUGAAUAUGCGUCACUGGAUGGAAUCUGUUAUACAUUUCACUGUGAAAAUCAGACAUGGUCAGCGGCAGAAGAAAACUGCAAAUUGGCAGGUGGUCAGCUGGUCAAAGUUGAUACAAUCAGAAAACACCAGUUUUUACAGCAAAUAAUGGAAUUAAAAAAUCUUCCGGACGCUUGGAUAGGAUUGUCUGCUAAAGAUGGAGACUUUGUGUGGGCUGAUGGAGAUUCAUUGGGAGAAUUUCACAGAUGGUUUGAACGUGACGGACUUCACAAGCAACCAGAUAACUACAGAAAAUCGGAAGGAUGCGUGAAGAUGACGUCAGCAUGGCCAAAAAGUGUUCGUUACUCUACCAACUUCGAUUGGAACGACGUGGACUGUUACACUUAUGCUAAUUACAUUUGUGAGAGAAAAUCUGAUGAUUGCAAAAAUUGAAAUAAUAAACUAUGCACUUUCAUUA